AAAAGGGAAACAACCUCUGACCAUCUCAGUAUUAUUUUUCUCAUCAAUGAUAGCUGAAAUUAAAGCAGCAUAUCAUAAAAAAGGACCUUGAGGUUCUCAUGGGAUUCAUCUCGGGACUCGUUUUGCAUCACAUUGGGAUCUUUGCAGGAGCAGCCUCAGGAAACGCAGAUAAAUGGAUUCGCUAUUCACUCAUGCCACAAAAUGACUGUUUUGGAAAGUACUUGAGGGCCUUGAGCAGCCCACUUAACAGAACGUCAUUAUAACAAGUAGACACAGUAGUCAUUGUUUCAGCCGCCAGUGCUUUAGUUGACUGUUGUAAAUUGUGGAAGUGUCCUAAGUUUUUUCUUCCACAACAAACCAAAGGGGCUCAAAGACCUUCCUGACUGUAACUGGACCACUGACUGACGUGUGCAGCCUGGCUUCUGUCUUUAAACAUGUGCAGUGGGGAUUCUUAUGAUAAACAGCAAACAUUGUAGAGCGAUCCAUCACGUGGCUCUGUGUCCUGUGUCCUGUGGCAGGCCUGCAUUGAUGAAAAUGCUGAGAUGGUGCAGUUUCUGGUGGAGAGCGGGAGUGAAGUCAACAGAGGGGACAACGAGGGCUGGACUCCUCUGCACGCUGCAGCGUCCUGCGGCUUCAUUCAGAUCACCAAGUACCUGAUAGAGCAUGGCGCUCACGUCGGGGCGGUGAACAGUGAAGGAGAGCUUCCUCUGGACGUGGCCACAGAAGACGCCAUGGAGAGACUUCUUAAAGCUGAAAUCAAAAAACAAGAGAUAGACGUGGACAAGGCCCGGAAAGAAGAGGAGAGGAUCAUGCUCCAGGACGCCAUGGCAGUGCUGGCAGGAGGAGGUACUCUCACACCUCAUCCUAACACCAAGGCGACCGCUCUGCACGUCGCUGCCGCCAAGGGCUACAUCGAAGUCCUGAAGGUGCUGUUGCAGUGCGGGGUGGACGUGGACAGCAGGGACAUUGACAGCUGGACACCCCUGCAUGCAGCCACUCACUGGGGGCAGGAGGAGGUGUGCACCCUGCUCGCUGACAACAUGUGUGAUAUGGGUGCCGUCAACAACGUGGGCCAAACACCUCUAGAUGUUGCGGAUGAGAAGCUCGUGGACACUCUGGAGGAGCUACAGAAGAAACAGAACGCCUUACGCAGUGAGAAAGAGAAACAGACUCCUGUUAUUGAGACCAACUCACAAAUCUCCAUGGUACCAGUUCGUGCACGCAGGUCAGUGCCAGUGUGUUGGGGUGU